AGGAGAGAGUUCGGCCUCUGUUGUUAGUUGGGGAGCAUUAGACCUCCACUGUUUGUGUUGGAAUAUGAGACCGAGUGCUGUGGGGGUCACGGGGGCUCUGGGGCGACUGCUACUGUCUCUUCUGCUGCUUUCGAAAGGCCAAACACUUCAGGUUGAAGGAGUGAAAUCAGUCACACUCCCAGAAUCCCUCCUGUUCAUCUCGACUCUGGAUGGGAGUCUGCACGCCGUCUCCAAACAGACAGGAGACAUCAAGUGGACCUUAAGAGAAGACCCCAUUAUUCAGGUGCCCAUCUACCUCCCGGAGCCAGGUUUCCUCCCAGACCCUAACGAUGGCAGUCUGUAUUUGCUUGGUGGGAAGCACAAAGAAGGCCUGAUGAAACUGCCUUUUACGAUCCCAGAGCUGGUGCAGUCAGCUCCCUGCAGAAGCUCUGACGGCAUACUCUACACAGGGAAAAAACAUGACGUGUGGUUCGUAGUGGAUCCUGAAACGGGCGAGAAGCAAACGAGUUUAACCACAUCCUCCUCUGAAUCCAUCUGCCCCAACACUCCUCUGCUCUACAUUGGACGCACAGAAUAUACGGUCACCAUGUUCGAUACGAAGACACAAGAGCUGCGAUGGAAUGCUACGUACAACGAUUACUCUGCUCAUCCCUACGAUGAGAAGCAAGGCUACAAGAUGUCUCACCUGGUGUCGAGCGGAGAUGGUCUCGUUGUGACAGUUGACAGAGAGUCAGGCGACGUUCUUUGGACUCAGAAUUACGGCUCACCUGUCGUAGGGGUGUACCUUUACUAUGAAGACUCGCUGAGACACGCCCCUCACCUGUCCCUCGCCAUGGAGACGCUGCGCUUCCUCACAUUCUCCUCUGCCAAAGACCAGGCAGACGCUCACUCCACACUGAAGUGGAGCUAUCAGUUUGUGAAGGAGCAAGCCAGUGCUCAAACACAGCUAGUACCCACUCUCUAUGUUGGAAAAUUAGACUCCCACCUCUACGCUUUGACUUCACUUGUGCACCGUGGCGUCUCAUUAGUGCCCCGAGGACUGACUCUGGCACGGAUUGAUGGUCCACUGACAGCAGGAGUGACGGUCAGUCAGAGAGGGGAAUGUGAGAUCACACCGUCCACUGACGUGCAGUAUCCACCAGGGAGCAGCUUGAGAAACCGCUGGCUACUAAUAGGUCAUCAUGAGCCCCCUCCUGUGGCCCACACCACCAUGCUGAGGGAUUUCCCAGCCACCCUGCAGAACUCUGGUGAAGCAGUCAUCCCCCCUCGCUCCUCUGCCUCUCCAGUGUCCUCUGGAUCCUAUGACCAUCAGCGUUACUUUCAGACAGCUUCUGGAAGCUAUAGUGAUGCUAACGCUAACAAGGUGGGGUCUGAUGGCAAAGCCGCUGGGCAGGUACAGAAACCAGCUUCUGUGCUGCCUGUGCACAUGACCCAGGACCGGCUGACGCUGGUCGUCCUGACAAUCCUGCUGGGAGGAUGGCUCACCUUCGUGCUCACGUUUCCCCUCGUGAGUUUAUUGCGCUUUAGUUUGUGUGCACGUAAAGCCCAGCAGCUGAAAGCUCAAAGGCAGCUGGAGGAGGCUUUUGAGUCUCGCUUCCAUCAAAUGCAGACAAACAUUCAGACGGUGACCUUGGGUCCUGCAGACAGCAGCCUGUCUACUGACUCAGACAUCACAAACUCUCUGCCUGCAUCAAAUGAUGCUUCACUUAAUAAUGAGAGUCACAGCAGAAGCCCCUCAGAUGCAGAUAAAAAUGAUUCAGGUGACCACGAACCCACCAGCGCGGACAACAGUAAAGAAGUUUUCAUAGGAAAAAUCUCCUUUGCGCCCUCUGAGGUGCUUGGACACGGGACAGCUGGAACGUUUGUUUUCAGAGGUAAAUUUGAUGGGCGCCAUAUCGCUGUCAAGCGAAUCUUGCCCAAGUGUUUCGAGGUAGCAGAGCGGGAGGUGCAACUUCUCCGGGAGUCUGACACACACCCGAACGUCAUCCGGUACUUCUGCACGGAGCGGGACCGCCUGUUCACCUACAUCGCCAUCGAGCUGUGCGCUGCGACGCUGCAGCAGUAUGUGGAGGAUCCAUCCUGUUCUCUUGGGCUGAAUCCUAUAACUGUGCUGGAACAAACUAUGUGUGGCCUUUCUCACCUCCACUCACUCAAUAUAGUCCAUCGUGACCUGAAGCCUAGAAAUAUUCUCCUGUCUGGUCCAAAUGCACUGGGUCAAGUUCGAGCCCUCAUCUCAGACUUUGGUCUUUGUAAGAAGAUCCCAGACGGUCAGAAGAGCUUUUCUCUGCGGUCUGGAAUACCAGGAACUGAAGGGUGGAUAGCUCCUGAAGUGCUGAGAGACACACCUGGAUGUAAACCAACAACAGCUGUGGAUGUGUUCUCAGCAGGCUGUGUGUUUUAUUAUGUGGUCACCAGGGGGCAGCACCCCUUUGGAGACACGUUGAGACGACAAAUCAACAUCCUGUCAGGAGAAUAUUCACUCCUACACUUCAUGGAAGAGAUUCACGAUGAUGUCAUAGCGAAGGACCUGAUCGAGCAAAUGAUCAGCGCCGAUGCAAAGUCACGCCCCUCCACUGCCUGCGUGCUCAAACAUCCGUUCUUCUGGAGCCCCGAGAAGCAGCUGCUCUUUUUCCAGGACGUUAGCGAUCGCAUCGAGAAGGAGCGAGCGGAGAGCCCCAUCGUGGUGCGACUGGAGACCGCAGGAAGAACGGUGGUCCGAACCAACUGGAGGAUGCACAUUUCUGCGCCUCUGCAGACAGACCUGAGGCGGUUCAGGACGUAUAAAGGGAACUCCGUCAGAGAUCUGCUCCGAGCCAUGAGGAAUAAGAAGCAUCACUACCACGAGCUGCCGUCGGACGUGCAGGAGACGCUCGGCGAACUUCCCGAAGGCUUCGUCGGCUACUUCACCUCACGGUUUCCACGGUUACUGAUGCACACACACGCCGCUCUGCAAAUCUGCGCACAGGAGAGGCCGUUUCACCCUUACUAUCUGCCACCCGAAGCCAAGUAG